CCUCCGUUACGGACCCAGGAGGAGGUGCCAGGUGGUUGCUAGUUGCUAGCUGCCGCCGCUCGCCCGAUCGCUCGGCAUCUUCAUUGUCACCCGGGCCUCGGAGCCAACGCUGGGGCCGAGGGCACGAGGUCAGCGGCCGGAAGCCCGGGUCCCACACGUCCCAGCUGGGCGGACCCCGCGCAGCCCCCGCCCUCUGGCUCCGCAGGCCCUGCGCCCCAGGCCGGGCUCGCGCAGGUGAGGGGCAGUGUGCAGGUGAGGGGGCCACCGUGCACAGGUCUCCCUUAUCCACCAUGAAAGGCUCGCGGGCCGUCAGCGGCCCCUCCGGCCCCCCCGAGGGCAGCAUGGAAAGCGUGGAUCUGAGUCUGACGGGUCUCCCACCACCUGUGUCCCGGCGCCCCAACAGUGAGCGCUCCAUCUCCAAGCCCAUAGGCCGUUCCAUCUCUGUGGUCACCGACAGUGAGCCGAGGAGGAAGGCGCUGGAGGCCACAGGGCCUGCGGGCUCCCGGGCCAUCAACAACCUCCGCAGAUCUAACAGCACCACGCAGGUCCACCAGCCACAAGCCGUCCAGGCGUGGACCGGUCCCCUCAGGCUGGCGGAGCCCCCCGACUUCCUGACACUCUUUGAGGGCAGUCCCAGUGGGAGAAAGAGGCCGGCCAGUCUGGGCAAAGCUUCCAGCGAGAAGGGAGCUACGUGGAACGUCCUGGAUGACCAGCCCAGGACCUGCACCUUGCCGCCUGCCACCCGGAGUCCCAGCACGCCUGAUACACCGGUGGGCCCCCGGAGGAGGGAGUGCACCGUACCCCUGGCACCCAGCUUCACUGCCAACAACAGGAGCAACAAGGGAGCUGUGGGCAACUGCGUCACAACCAUGGUGCACAACCACUACGCCCCGGCAGAGACGGCGCCCCCCAAGAGCUCCAACCACACAGCGCCCUCCCUCAACAAUCUCGUCAAAGCGGCCACCGACGAAGGUGACAGCAGCAGUUUCGGUAAGCUGCCGAAGAACCUGGCCAGCAGCCGCCGUGUGUUCCGGAACAACUCCGCGGCCACCACGGGCCUGCUCAGACGGAGGGAAGUGACGGAGGAGGAGGCCGAGAGGUUUAUCCACCAGGUGAACCAGGCCGCCGUCACCAUCCAGCGCUGGUACCGGCACCAGGCACAGCGGCGCCGAGCUAGAGCAGCCAGCUUGGAGUGCCUGCUGGCGUCCAAGCGAGAGGGCCAGCGGCAGCGGCUGGGAGUGGGGGACCUCCUGGACGUGCACCGGCAGAAGGAGGCAGCCAGGAGGAAGGCCCGGGAGGAGAAGGCGCGCCAGGCCAGACAAACAGCCAUUCAGGAGCUGCAGCAGAAGCGAGCCCAGAAGUCCGGCGGUGCUGAGCUCGGGCUGCUGAAGGGGACCCGGGACCUGGGGAAGGUCCGGCCGGCCCAGGAGCUGCCCCUGAGGCCAGGGGGCACACCCCUCCAGACCCACAAGGCCAACAGCACAGAGGCCAGCUUCCAUGCCGAUGGCCCAGAAGACGCUCACCAGCCUGCCCCUGAGUUGUCCCUGGAGCCCCAGCAGUUCUCAGAGGACAAAGCACAGGAUGCCAGCUCCCAGGACGUGCCUGGCAAGGCCCCAGGAACAGUGGACCCCGCUGGGAGCAGGGCCAAGACCAAGGCCACCCUGGAUGAGCUGCUGGACACACUGAAGCUGCUCGAGGAGGAGCCCGAGCCGCUGCCCCGCCCCAGGGCCUAUCACAAGGACAAAUACGCCUGGACCGAUGAGGAGGAUGAUGCCAGCUCCCUGACAGCCGACAACCUGGAGAAAUUCGGGAAGCUCAGCGCAGCCGCCAGCCGCCCCGAGGACGGGAUGCUGCUCUCGGAGGCCAAGCUACGGAGCAUCAUGAGCUUCCUGGAUGAGAUGGAGAAGUCCGGGCAGGACUGGCCGGCCUCAGCGCCCCAGUGGCUCGUGCUGGAGGAGGGAACGGGACGCCUGGAGUCCGCCUCCGAGGUGAACACGUCCGCGAUGCGGCUGAAGCUGGAGGUGGAGGAGAAGAAGCAGGCGCUGGUGCUGCUGCAGAGGGCGCUGGCGCAGCAGCGGGACCUCACUGUCCGGCGGGUCAAGGAGACCGAGAAGGAGCUGGGCCGGCAGCUGCGGCAGCAAAAGGAGCACUACGAGACCACCAUCCAGCGGCACCUGUCCUUUAUCGACCAGCUCAUUGAAGACAAGAAGACUCUGAGUGAGAAGUGUGAGGCCGUGCUGGCCGAGCUGCGGCAGGGGGACCAGAGGCGUAAGGAGAGGGAGGCCCAGAUGCAGGAGCAGCACGAGCUGGAGAUUAAGAAACUCAAAGAGCUAAUGAGUGCCACCGAAAAAGUCCGUAGGGAGAAGUGGAUUAGCGAGAAGACUCGAAAGAUCAAGGAGAUCACAGUCCGAGGCCUGGAGCCCGAAAUCCAGAAGCUGAUCGCCAAGCACAAGCAGGAGGUGAAGAAGCUCAGGAACCUGCAUGCGGCCGAGCUGCUGCAGGCGGAUGAGCGGGCAGCCCAGCGCUAUGGGCGCCAGGCGGAGGCGCUGCGGGAGCAGCUGCAGCAGGAGAAGGAGUCGCUGUGCCAGCAGGAGCGGGAGCGCGCUCAGCAGCGCUUCGAGCAGCAGCUGGAGCAGGAGCAGCGAGCUCUGCAGCAGCUUCGGCUGCGGCUCCAUAGUGAGGUGGCCGAGGAGAAGGAGCGGCUGGGCCAGCAAGCAGCCAGGCAGCGGAUGGAGCUGGAAGAGCUGAAGCAGCAGCUGGAGGACAGCAGCUCGGCCAGCGCCAGGGCCCUGAGGGCCGAGUUUGAGAAGGGAAGAGGGGAGCAGGAGCGCAGGCACCAGAUGGAGCUGCAGGCCCUGAAGGAGCAGCUGGACGUGGAGAGACAGAUUUGGCAAGCCAACUGCGCCAAGAAAGAGGAAGCAUGGCUGCUGAACCGGGAACGGGAGCUGAAGGAAGAGAUCCGGAGAGGCCGGGACAAGGAGAUCGAGCUGGUAAUCCACCGGUUGGAGGCCGACACAACACUGGCCAGGGAGGAGAGUGAGAGGGCCACCGAGAGCCGCGUCAAGCGUAUCAGGGACAAGUACGAGGCAGAGCUCUCGGAGCUGGAGCAGUCGGAGCGGAAGCUCCAGGAACGGUGCUCGGAGCUGAAGGGGCGGCUGGCAGAGGCGGAGGGCGAGAGUGUGCGCCUGCAGGGCCUGCUGCGGCAGAGGGACCAGGAGCUGACCGACCUGCGGGCGGUGAACGAGCAGCUGGCCAGUGAGCGGGGCAGCCUGGCCCAGGUGCUCCGCCAGGAGUUUGCUGACCGGCUGUCGGCCUCCGAGGAGGAGAACCGGCAGGUCAGAGCCGAGCUGGCCGAGCUUCGGGCCCACCAGCAGCUGGAGCUGGAGCAGCUUACACAGGAGAAGCAGGCGGAGCUGGAGGAAAUGCACGGGAGGGUGAAGAUGGCCUUGGCAAAGAAGGAGGAGGCCGUGAGCAGCCUCCGGAAACAGCACGAGGCGGCGGUGAGGCGAGCUGACCACCUGGCGGAGCUGCUGGAGCAGCGCAGGCGGCUGUUCCCAAGCACCAAGUGACCGCCCACCACCCAUGGCGUGAACAGGCCGACAGCAGCAGGGCUGGGUCCUGGUGGGAAGUGGACACUGCCUGGGCCCCGGCCUUCCUCCUUCCCUGUGCCCGGGGCUCAGUGUCCUGUGGGUAGAGCACCGUGGCUGCAUUUCAACAGUAAAGAGCUGUUUCUUAAUA